AUGGACCUGCCGCUGCGGCAAGGUGCAGGAGAUGCCAACAAAAGUUUCCAAAAAAAAGCUUUGGAAAAUGACCAAUUUACAUCCAUUUGGUGGAGUGAAGGUGGGAAAUGUAUUGUCAUAAAUGAAAUUAGAGCUGAAAGCAUAAGGAAUUUCAUUCAACAGCUCAACCUCUAUGGAUUCCUCAAAAUGCAGUGGGUUUUCCAAAGAUCAGCCUCACUUUCUGAAUUCUUCCCAGAAGUAGCAGCACCUUCUCCUCAUAACAAGGUGCAGCAGUUGCUUGGAAUAUCAACCAACUAA